CUUUACAACGUGUUCUUAUAAAGCGGUGUCACAUUGUACCAAUCUAUGUUCAUCAGCCUGUGAUAUAACGGUACAAGAAAAAAGUCUGGAAAACAUGAGCACGGUAGCGGAUCAGGGCUGGGCGCAGGAGAAAUAUCUUCCGCUAUAUGUUAAGAAUUUCCCCAUUAAUCAUUCACAUUAAUAAAGCAACAUCUACAAAAAAUUACGUCGGCGACUUUUUUAUUUAAACAUGUGUUAUUUGCAACCUCUAUAUUUCAAAAUUUUGGAACCGCCACUGUAAACGUGAUUGUUUAUACAAUACCCAUAAAGUAUUAUGGAGGCAAUAACUAUGGUGUUUCUUUUUUAGGAAGAUCUACCUUUGAGCUCGUUCCACUGUGAUCAAGGGGGUGAAAUAGGUUGUGAAUAAACAAAGAAGCCUGGAUGCUGGAAAAAUAAGACAUGGCGCAAAAUAGACCACAUAAUAUGAAGAGAGCAUAUAUGCUCUAUCUGGGUCUCAUAAUAUUUCACUCCAAAUCAAUCCAAUCAGCUCCUCUGUCCUCCUACUUGGUAUCUUCAUUUACACCUACUGAUUCUGACUCCAACCUACCAUUCAACCACAUCGCCAUCAACAACAUCACUGGCGACAUCUAUAUAGGAGCACGAGAGAGGCUUUACCAACUCGACGCACACCUGAACCUCAAACAGACUGUGGACACUGGCAUGUGUUCUUUUCCGAAUUACGACCGUUUUAAUGAUAACAAACUCUUAAUAACUGUUAUAACACCUCAGAACUAUACGCUGAUUACUUGUGGAGGCUGUGGUGAUAAUUGCCAGACAAGGAAUUUGGAUGAUGUAUCGGUCACGAGAGAUUUAUAUAAUUCUCGGAAAGUAGUGGCACCAGGAGACCUACCAACUGUGGGAGUCGUUGCUCUUGGUGCGGACUAUGAAACAUAUAGAAUUACUAAACAUGGUGAAUCUUUUUACUUAUUCAUUGCGAUAAGUGGCGGGGGAGCUUUUGAAUUUAGUAGCAUUUCAAAGUACAGUCUUGCAGACCUUCAAUUACAACAAUACAUACCAGCGUAUGUCUUUACUGACGAUUCAACACGGUCCAAACAUAUGAUCUCUUACGAGGACUUUAUAUACGUUUUUAUAUCAAGAAACGAGGAAACUUAUUUAGGACGUAUUUGUCGUGAUUCACCCGACCAAGACUUCGAAUCGUACACGGAGAUAGAGCUACAAUGUACACGUGGUGGAUCUCAGAAUAUUAUUCAAUCGGCUUACAUUGGACCAGCAGGAUCCCAGUUAGCUGAAUCGAUGAAUAUCAACACCACGGAUGACGUAUUGUACGCGGUAUUUUCAUCUUCACCUUCGUCUUCUCUUUGUGUGUAUAAGAUGAUCGAUGUCCAGCAGGGCUUUGAAGAUGCUAUCUUAGGUUGCAUUCUCGGAGAGGGCACUGGCACUGAGAAUAGCUUCAUAUCUGGAAGUAAAUGUGAAAAGUAUCCCGCUCCGAAUUACACACCACCGGAAUGGUACCCGUGUAGAGUUACAUUUGAAGACGGGUAUGUACUGUACAGUUAUGUCAGUGCAACGAAUCCCCUUUCUGCCUCACCCACCACUACUAUCCCUAAUAAUGUGAUUUCAACCUCAAUUGUGACCACCAUAGAAAGACACCACACAGUAGCAUUCGUAGGAAAUACAGAAGGAAGCCUACAUAAGAUUAACAUAGUGAACACUUCUUUCGGGUACGUGUAUGAAGACAUCUUUCUUGGAGGUGGUUCUGUCUUACAGGAGAUGUUCCUUGAUGAAUUAAAAGAGCUACUUACACUUGCUACAAGCUCAGACCGACACUCGACGCAGAAUCGGGUUGUUACAGUCGAUAUAGUCAACUGUGGACAGUACCAGACCUGCGAGGAGUGCAUUGGUGAGGAUGGUGGAAAUGAUGGAGAUCCUUACUGUGGAUGGUGUACUCUAGAGGCAAGGUGUACCCGAUACGAAGAAUGUCCUUCCCCUAAUGAAUCUACCCGGUGGCUGUCUUACAAUGCCAUCCAAUGUGUAUCCAUCUCAGAUGUCCAGCCUGAUCAUAGACUGCCUUAUCAAAAUACAGAACAAGAGAUCACCAUUACUGUACAGCAGCUUCCAACCCUCAAAGACAACCACCAAUACCAGUGUGCCUUCGACUCUUACCUGGUCAAUGCUGUUACAACGUCCGACACAGUAGUUUGUACAAUCCCUCCUGUGGACGAAUUGCCUACAAUCCCUGUAGAAGAUGACCAUAAGAAUUUGACUCUCUCCAUGUUCUCAACAGAGACCACAGUUUACUUCAUAAGCACGGAUUUUAUCCUGUUUGACUGCACCUAUCAUAAAUCUUGUUCAUUUUGUGUCUCAAGUGCAUGGCCAUGUGACUGGUGUGUUUAUGACAACAUGUGUACGCAUGAGAGCAGCUCAUGCCAAGACGGUGAAACAGUGGUGAUUGGAGAAAAUAAUCCCAAAGGUUCUGGAGACAAAGGACAGAGUUACUGUCCUCAGCUCGUUGGUACAUCAGAAACCUUCUUCAUACCAGUGAAUAUUCCUUCAAGUUUCUCACUAGUGACAAGAAAUAUUCCUACAGAUCAGACAAAGAUCCAGUCAUUCGAUUGCAUUCUUCUAAUUGAUGGAGAUGAGACACGAGUAGAAACUACAUUCUUCAAUGAAAGUUAUGUUUUGUGUGGGGCUAAAGAGUACAUGUAUGAUGACGACAUCCUUCAGAACAAUGUAAGCGUCUCCGUUCAAUGGAAUGACCAGCACUAUAUAGAUGACCCUAAUGAUGCAUAUGUAACUCUGUACAAGUGUUCAGCCAACGAUGGAAGCUGCAGCCGGUGUCUAUCUCCGGAAGCAACACCUUCGUUUCUAAACUGCGGUUGGUGUGGGAACGACUGUAAUGUCAUUGAGAGUGAUGUUUGUCAGAGCAAUCGAUUUGUCAAUCAGAAUGAGGCCAAUCUUUGUUCAUCACCAGUAAUAACUGAAUUUUAUCCCAUAUCAGGUCCAAUUAAUGGCAUUACAAGAUUGGAAAUCAUCGGAACCGACCUAGGAGUGGCAUUUCAUGAUGUACUAAAUGUUACAAUAGGAGACUUGGUGUGUAGCCUGACUGACAUGGAUUCCUACUAUCAACCAGGGCAGAGUUUUAGUUGCCUAAUACGGUUAUCUUCCGAGGUAACAUCAGGACAAAUCGCGAUUAAGAUAAGGUCUGGUGAAGAGACUAGGACCGGAAACAGUAAAGAACAUUUCCACUAUAGGGAUCCCAUGAUCUCAGGGUUUAGCCCUACUGAGGGACAGGCAGCGGGAGGAACCCGAAUCACAAUUACAGGAAUGUACCUCAACACAGGAAGAAUCAUCGAAGCUAGAUUUGGAGAAGCACGUUGCAAUGAUUUGACCGUUCAUGAUAUGAGAGCGACCUGCAUUACAAGCAGUAUAACACUUAAUGAAGAGACUUCAUUGAUAUUCAUCAUGUCGUUUGAUGGAGUGGAAAGAAUGUUUAGUGAAUUCAGCUUCACUUACAAGUUAAACCCAGUAAUUAUUGAUAUUGACAGAUCCGAAGCAAUUAUGUCAGGAGGUCUUAAUAUUGAAAUAACAGGAGAACGUUUUGAUCUGGUCCAAAUCCCCAGGAUCAUUGUUACGUCACCAACAACUAGCGCAUUUGAGCUUUGCAACGGAACAGACACUCUGCUGAUAUGCCCAUCGCCAAAAUUUCCUGACGAUGUCGCCUCUACCGUGAGGAAAAGAGCACCUGACGUAAUCACGUUUGUCGCAAAUCUGACAUUUGACUUCGAUGGUUACAUAAUCAAUGGCGGCUUGAUAGAAUACUACCCAGACCCAAUUUAUGAAAGCUUCGGUGGACCAAACAGACUCUAUGAAAGCAGUAACGGACGGCUCGAAAUAACAGGAUUUAAUUUAGAUCUGGGAAGUAGAAAGGAUGAUAUUCAGAUUCUACUUGGACCAAGCAGUGUAUGUGAUGUGGAUUAUCUUAAAACCGAUGUUGUUGGGUGCCAACUACCCGAAGAGAGACCCCUCGCAGGUGAUGAGAAUGGAACACGCAGUGAAGGAACCACGAGGAACUUACCAGCAGUGACGGUAUUACACGGAAACCUAAAGUUCUAUCCGGGAUUUGUUUCAGCGUGGCCUACGGAAGGAAACCCGUUGAUAGCUACCGUAAUACCCACUGUUAUUGUAUUGCUCAUCUUCAUCACCAUACCUACAAUUAUUCUAGCCUGUUGGUAUAGGAAGAAACGGCUUGAAGUGAAACGUGCCAAGGAAGAAGUAGCCAUGGUUCGAAUGAACAUCCUUAAAAGAGUUCGCGAAGUCUCUAGUACAAGUUUAGAUAUGACGGAUGCUGAUAACAGAGUUCAGUCUCAAGGAGUUCGUUUUGUGGGGAAUGUCCAGUAUGUGACACUGAUGAUGUUUGCCGGGCUAGGUGUUCACCCAGAAACAUCAGAUCCAGAGUACAUGGAAGACUUUAUGGAGCAUUCAGUUAUCGUACUCUACCGAAUGCUAAAAAAGAAGGAGAAAAUGAUAGAGUUCGUCAGGCAAUUGGAAACGAAGAAAACGGGACAAGGUCGAGAAAGGGAAUUAAUUGCAUCCCUGUUAGCAAUCACGUUCGUCAGUGAAUGGAAUUCAAUUGUCUUUACAGAAGUGAUGACCGCUCUUGUUGAAGAUGAAAUCAUGGGGGCAUCUGAAUCCAGAAGGCCUCUGGACAAACUAUUCACAAAAACUGAAUCGGUCACCGAGAAACUGAUCAGCAAUUGGUUUUCAAUCUGCAUGUUCGAGUACCUAAAGGUAUAUGGACUCUAUUCAUUAUUCAUGCUGUACCAAGCAAUAAAGACCCAAGCUGAGAAAGGUCCUAUAGAUGCUGUGACAGGGGUUGCGUACUACACGCUGGAGGCUGAUAAACUCAUAGAUGAAGAGAUCGACUUUCAUUCUCUUAACAUCGAUGUUGUUGAUGAAGACGGCCAUACCUAUGUUCGAGUAAACGUUUUGAAUGUUGAUACCGUGAAGCAAGCCAAACAGAAGAUCCUAGAUUGCCUUUGGAUGAAGGGUUUCUGCCUGCUACCGAGGGAUGUUGAUGCAGUUGACCUUGUUUGGAUCGAAUCUCCUGAAAGCUAUACUUUGCUUCAGGAUGUUGACGACAUGUCUGAGACACAGAGCAAGGUCAUGUUCAAUACAAUGAAGAGCUACGGGAUUAGGAACGGAUCUCGUGUUGCACUGGUAGGUAAGAACCAGCUACCGAAAGCACCUGUCAAUGGCUACCAAGCUCUUGAUGUCAAAGAAUUAUCUUCGAACACAUAUGAAUCCUUGAUACCUGUAUCAGAUGAGACGAAUCAUACAUCAGGACCAUCUCUACAGACUUUGAAUGCUGUCCAUUUGAAGAUUGAUGCUGAAGGGCCAACAAGAAAAGCAGUCAACCUGCCUGAUAACAUCAAAAGAAAGAGAGCAGAGCUUGAUCGGAAUCUCGCUAUCCCACACAUGCUUAAAAUUAAGGCAUCAAUAGGUCCAUACGUAGAUGGAGUCUUUGAGGUUAUGUUCAAGAAACCAUCCCGGAUCCCUUUACCUGUAAAGCAUCUCUUUGACACGUUUGAUGACCUUGCCGUCAAAUACACCGAUGGGAAAUCGUCCAAGGAAUGCGCGCAAAAUUGGAAGAUGAAUUGCUUGUCUCGCUUCUGGUGUCAAAUACUUACCAACCUACCAUCUUUGUUUGAUAUGCCAAGAUCAGAAACGGCUGAUCGAUGUGUCAUCGCUGUUGCUGAAGCCAUUACAGAUGCAGCUAGGACCACCACGCUGUCACAGAGUGAAUCAUACCAUCUACCCUACUACAAUGAGCAUCCGCUACAGCGGCAGAUGAUGUCUGACUACUGCUCCCUGAUAUCAAGCCAACCAAAGGUCAAGUCAAGACUCAAGUUAACAAGAGCCUGUUCCUCAAUCACAAAUGAGUUCAAAGGUCAUUUCAGUCACCUUUCGAAUUUGCUGCACCUUUACAGCCUCACCAAGGAUGAUGUAGAGGGUCUCUUGAAAUAAAGUGCGUGGAAAACCCUUAAUGCCACCCUUGAAGUAAUAUAACUUCAUAAAAGGCGCUAUUUAAAUUAACAUCCGUGAUCGGCGCCAGUAUGGGGAUAUUGGUAAUGGGAGGAUCUUGAGAAUGUCUCCGUUGCGAAAUAGGUGUAUUAUAACUAGGACGACCUAAUCAUACGUAUACAUAUGUAUACAUAUAAACAUAUGUAUUUUCCAUGUUCAAGCUUUCCGUGGUCCUAGUUACCACAAUUUUAAUUCACUACUUGAAAAAUAAAAUAACCCUUAUAGGCCAUACGGUUUAGAUUAAUACAUACGAUAAAAUUCAUUUUUUUAUCUGUACUAAUGUCAUCAUACAUCUAAGUAUUGGGAACUUCUCCAUGACAUGAAAUUAUUUCGGAAUAGGGUGUAGCUUAAAGAACUGCAAGAUAAAAGAUUGUUUUUGUUUAUUUAUUGUUUACCGAUCAAGACAUUUGAUAACAUUCAUUCAUACCAUUUGUUGUUUAACCAGUGAAGAUUGUGUUUGUGGAUAUUCAUAAAACCUGCAAACUAUUCACUUGCAUAAACAGUAGAGUAAAUAGAGUACAGUACAGUAAAUAGUGUACAGUAAGUAAAGUACAGUUAAUACGAUAUGAGAUUCCAUACCAAUGAAAAUCAUGGAAAUAAAGAAAAUGUGCUAUGACAUCGUGAUCUUGCACAAUAUAUAAUGCAAAACGUAUAUUCCAUCACUCAUGUAUCCAACAUCCGAUUUUUGUACACACUUGUUUAAUCCGGAUACAGUCAGACCGCAGGUCCCUAUGCUAAUGAGCAAAAAGGCCAGAUUCAUCCAAAUCAUCUCGUGGCUGAAUCCUCCUCCUUGCAAAAUCUCGUGAUUCGUGAGAUUUUCUUUCUCUAAGAAUUUACCUGUUUCAACCUCAAGUUAAAUGAAAUAUUAUUGCACCAUCAGAUAGAGUAAAGGUUACGCUUUGAUAUUGGUCAUUUCUUUUGUCUACAAUAUUUUGUUAAAUAAGUAAAUUUCUGGCCUGAAAAUGUGCCUCAAAACUGAAUUUUCUUCCUCUGUUUUCUUUAAAAAAUUGUGCAAAACUUUUUAUUUUGAGCCUCAAUGAUAUCUAUAUCAACAUAAAGCUGAACUUCUGUACUUUCUCACAAUGCCGCUCUUGAUAUGCGGCACCUUUUAAUCGGGUCAAGAUCACACUUUUCCCACCAAGGUACAAGACGAGAUUUCUGAAAUUUUGUACUUGCAUGAAAUCCAGAGUUCUGAUUGGCUGGAUAAGGUUCACAGAACAACAGGCGCGGGGUAUUUGAGGAGAUUACCACAUGGGAAGUGUGACCUUCCCAUGAGCCCAGGCUCUAGAACCGUUGGAAUUUGCCAGUGUGUGGUCUGUUUGACCAAUCAGAGUGCAGUAUUCUUGUUUUCAAGCUGCUUUAUGUACUUGGCAAAUGAAAAGUGUGAUCUUGACCCGAUUAAACCAAUUAUUAUUUUGAAACCUAUAUCAUUUUAAAGCAUACAUAUUCAGCUUUAUCAUGAUAUAAAAAUCAUUUGGGCUCAAACAAAAAUAAAGUGUGAAAAAGCAGCUUUUGUCAGGUGAAAAUAAUUAUUUUGUAGCAUAUUUUAGAUCAAAAUUUUAACCUAUAUUACACAAUCUUUGAACAAAUCUAAACACAUGAGCUAAAAGAAUGAUUCUUCUUCUUUACAAUGAUACCAAAUUUAUGAAAUUUGAUGCACAAUUAGAGCAGCAAUGACCGAAUGAAAAGAGGUGUUUUGGUCCGCAUCAAGCUCAUUAAAUAUGCAAAACAUCUCAAGUCAUGAAUAUCACUUGGAUGAAAGAAGCCACUUUCUUGGGACCUGCCGUCUGACUGGAUAAUAUAGAUAUGUUUAGCAAUUUGAUUCUGACGAUUAAUCAAACUUGAACUUAAGAUCCAUAACGCCUUAAAUAGAGUGCAUGUAUAUUUUAUUUAUAAUUUGUAAAUCCAGUUGGGAAUAAAUUCUUCAAAUUAAGAUUUUCGUACCAGUUAACACUAUAAUCGUUUUUUAUCAUUAACUAUUGAAUUUGAUGGUGAAAAAAACUUGGUGUAUCAUGAUAUAUUUUAUAUAGAAAAUUUAUAUUUUUGAUAUGUAUUGGUGUAACUACGUGUAUCCCGUAGCGCUCUCUCUUUCUUACAGACUGAAAUAUAAAAAUGAGUUGUAUUAAAAACAAGGAGUAAUUACAUGGUAAAUAUUAUACAAAUAUAUCAGGCUUUGAGAAAGUAUAGUGGGACUUAUUUAUCCGAGGUUGGACUGGCAAUUACUAUUUUUCCCGAGGGGCGAAGCCCCGAGGGAAAAAUAGUUACAUUGCCAGUCCAACCGAGGAUUAAUAAUUCCAACUAUACUUUCGAAAGAAACGCCUUAUAUAUUUGUUUUAUAUCCCUCUUUGACUUUGUGGACCUAGUCCUUGCUGAUUUGUAACCAAUCUCGACCAAAUCAAACGUUGCCGGACCUAGUUCUACUCUAGGCUUAUUGCUAGACAGUUCAUGGGUAGGCUGCGCGCGGCUUCUACCCGACUGCACUUAAUGAGAGGUCCGCUGCGCUGCGUUGGCCGUUGCUGCAGUGGCACUCAAAAUUAAUACGCGCAGUUAAAAUGUAUGCUCUAAAAAUAAGUAUCGGAUCUUGACUCACCUUGUUGGGUAUGUUUAUUCCAUAUUAAAGGAUCCUGUACAUGAAUGGCCGUCGGAAUAAGAUUUUCUGCAUUGUAAUUUAAACCCAAUUCCAAACUGUUUUUCAGAUUGUCGGUACGGUAAUUUGGGCGAGAGCUUGUAUUUUACUUUAUCUACUUUUUGCGGAUGAUCGAUAUCUGGGUUAGGUCAGGGAGCAUGCGCAAUUCAAAGUUGAGAGAAAAUAUCGAGCAUGAGCAUGCGCAGUUCUGCCCAUGAAAGUAUAUCGAAAAAUAUACGGAGCUACAAGAAAACUAUACGGAGCUAAUCGCAGCGAUGUGUUUUCCUAUUGAAAUUAUACUUUGUCACAUGAUCACGAAUUGACCAAUCGUUUAUCUAGAAUACUCAUGAAUAUUCAUAAGAGGGAUAUAAAAGUUAAUACUAUAAUCUAGAAUCUACGAUCUGUAUAUUAUCUUGUAGAUGUCCGUAAUGGUGUAUGUUCGAGUCAAUUGGCUAUAUUAUGCGGGUCUUAAAAUGAUCAUAUAGCGUUCUCUCUUUUAACGGAUGAGAAAAUGAAAAUGGGUAGUAUUACUAAUGCAGAGUGAUAACAUGUUAAGGUGAACAUGAGUUAAUAAUAAAUCAGAAUUCAAAAUUUGUAUAUGUUAUUGUAAAUAUCCAUAAUGAUGUAUGUUCGAGUCAAUGAAUUAUAUUAUGCAUAUCUUAAAAUAAAUAUGUCUAUAUGAUUAAUCGUUAAUUUUUACACAAUCACAAAAAUUUACCUGUUUUUGGUAAGGCUUUCUCGUGCUAGCCUGCAAACUUCGUCGGACCGUCCUUGUAGCUGUCGUAGCCGGCGUUAUACAUGUAGCUGAUGCAGCACGACGGAGUGUAUAUAUUAUAACAAACCUUAUGCUUAUAUCUUCGCAUGGAUUGUGGUCUAGCCACCCCUUGUCUAACUUAGAUGAUCUUAAACACAUUGUCAAAACGUGGAUUUUUUUUAUAUAAACAGAUAAGAGUCUAUUAUGGCCAAUGAAACAGGCUCUAUAUGACUUCAAAUUUAUAUCUGUAUUUUGUACGGAACUGACCUCAACAUGGCAGAUAAAGAAAAAAAGGUUUCCCAGAAACAAUCAUUGUUUAACAAAGAAUAAUUGUUUAUAUUUUAAGAGACUACUUUUACCAUUUUAAUUUAGAGCACAAUCAUAUUGAGCAACUAGCGUGGUGAUUAUUAAAAAGGCAACGAUUUGAAUAUAAUUUGUAUGGUAAAGAUGCUGAUUUAUCAAUUUUUUAUUUGUAUCAUUAAUAAAACAUAAACAAAGAGAUUGAAA